CCAUGAGGGCACUGAUCUGCCGUUUGGCAACACUGCUUUAAGUUCGAAACAACGUGCUCGUAUAGCCUCUCAAUAGAUAUUAAUGCGGUGAUUUUUAGAAAAUGACAUUCUCAUUAGAAGCUUACGAACAAAAUGCAAAAGUGUAGAAUUUGUAACGGGACUGAUUUUUACAAGGAAGCUGGUUAUUUCUUUUGCCAAACAUGUCAAACGCAAAAUGAGGAUAUCAGAGAGGAGGUCUUCGAAUUACACGUAGAUAAUUCGACCAGAUUGCGGAAAACAAGAAUUAGAAAAUUACGAUUGGAUGGAUCAGGUGAGGAGCUUGGAUGGACUUCUUGGGAAUUGUACAACUUUGUUCUCAUUGGACUAACAAACGAACUCGUAGAGUUAGGAGUCCCAUCCAAUAUAAAACUAACAGUAUUACAAUUAUGGGCAACUUAUUUAGGAAAGUUAGAAAUUGCAUUUAUCUCAAAGAAGAAAAAAUUUGUGCCCAAGUUGGCUAGAAGAUACAACAAAAAGGAUGCUGAAAUUAUUUAUGGUAAGGUACAGUUGCAAAAGAAGAGAAGAAAACGUAGAAGAACUGGAAGCAGUACAAAUACAUCUAUGAUAUCUGGUUAUCAAAGCGAGGGUAGCUCCAUGCGAGAAUUAAGUAAAAACAAGAGACUUUUAGUAACUGCAGACUACAAUAGGUAUCUUCAAUCUCAAAGUAGUACUGAAGGUGAUGGUCUUAGUCUCUUUAGUCAAAGUGGAUGUAGCAUUCGAUCUAGCUCUAUAAAAUCUUCAGACAAUGAGGGAAAAGUGAAAUACAGUUCUCAUGCUAAAGAGGAAAUAAAGAAAAUCAAAAGAUUAUCUAAACAUGUACCUUGGUACAAAAGAGCCAAGUACAAAAAAUAUCACAUAAGUACUCAGUACAAAGUAGGACCUCAUAUAAUUACUCCAAUGAGACUGUGGGCAAUUAUAUAUCUAGCUCUUCGAAUUCAUAAUCACCCCAUACAAUUAGGAGACAUGUUAAGGUAUGGAAGAGAAGGGCAUUUAUCAUACUACAAGUUAGAUCAUCUAUUACCGCCAGAAAUAAAUUUAACUAAAAGAGAAAGAAAUUUAUUAUCACAAAAUGUUGAAAUUACGCAUAAAGGAAUGAGGCGAAUUAUCGCAAGUAUUGCAAAACUUCUUGAUGUGUGGGAUAUAGUCUCUCCAGAUUUCUUACCUCUAGUCAGUCGAUAUUGUCAAGAAUUAGGAUUACCAAAAGGCAUUCAACUAUAUACAGAGAGACUAAUAGCUCUGUCGCCUCCCAAAAUGACAUUCAAUGCAAAGAAAUCAUACAUUCCAAACUACGAAGGUCGUGCAAUAGCGUUUAUUAUUGUGGUGCUAAAAAUUUUACUUGGUUUAGAUGGUAUCACUGAAUGUCAAGUCAGCAAAGUAGCAGAGAAGAUCAACAGUGUGGCUAUUAAACGAGGUUUGCUGGAAGAAAAAUUGUUUAGUUUCCGAGAGUGGCAAAAAUAUAUCGAAUGCCGGAGGACAAUUUUGACGCACUUGCAUUUUCCAACCAAGAUGAAGUAUAGUCCGGACACGCACGGGAUCUGCGAUCUGUACAUAAAAUUUUUGGAAUUCAUUACUUCGAAGACGGAUAGAAACGAACUAGAUAUACAACAUGCUAAACACUUUUUACCGGAAGAACUCGUAGAGGCUAUGACAAAGUACAUUACCAAUUUAAGUAUCAAUGAUUUACCACCGAAGGCAAUAGAUAUAUUUCCGGCAUCUUUGACGCCUCUUCAUUCUUAUCUUCAAUUUAUAUUGGAUGAUCCACUUUCUGACUUUCCUAGCGUCGUAAGAAACGACUUUUAUCUUACAAAAGUUGGGUACAUGACGAAACCUGAUUCUCUCAUGGAGUUAGCAGCGCAGUGUAACAUUAAUUUAGAGAUAAUUGAUUCGAAUUUACAUUUUCUCGAAAAGAUCGUACCGCCUUUUGAGCAAUCUAAAAUGCCAAGUAUAGAGGAACUGAAGCAGUUCGUUGACGUGCAGGAUGAUUUUACGGACCAACAUGUGCAAAAAAGUGAAAAUCUAAAUGAAUAUUUACAUAGAAAAAUACCAUGUGAAGUAAAAUUCAAUGUUACCAAAAAGCACUAUUACGACAGUGUUAGAAAUUCAGUAAAGGAUUUCGAAAAUACUGACUUAGGAAGUGACUUUACAUUUUCUGAAAUUUUACCGAAUGGUAAAUUGGCGAUUCCCAGUGAUAGCGACAACGAAGAUGAGAAAGAAGAUGUAGAUCUUAAUAAUAGAAGUAAUCAGGAAAGUAUACUGGGAAAUAAGUUCUGUGAUAAAUACAAUUUACGCUUGUCGUCUACGGAAAAAGAGUCUGUUAAUAAGUCAAAUAUAAUUAAGAAAAUGCAUUUUAAGAAGCACAAGUAUCAGAUUGCACGGGAUACUAAAGGUCGAUUCGUCAAAGGAAGUAUUGUACCCGUGAAAGUUGAAGUUGACGAGGAUUCUUUUUCCGAAAUGGAUUUAUCUUUACGUACGAGUACGCAAAUAAAUGUACAGGAAGGGACUUGUACCGAUAUCGAGAAAGCAAUAGAAGAACAAUUGUUCUUUAACGAUAUAGAUAUUAAUAAUAUAACAAUUGACGAUAUAGAUAUUGAAUCCGCGUUUCCGAAUUUGGACGACUAUUUUAAUUUAAGCGAAAUUUCAUUAUAUUGCAACAAUAAUGGUAUUGCCAAGCCGGAAACAAAUCAGAAAACAAGUACAGUUACGGAGAAACAUAGAUUUUUUAGACCUUUCAAACAUUAUUGGAUGUAUCAUUGCAUUUUUAGUCGCGUGAAACCAAAAAAUUUCGCGGUGUUCGAAAGAGCGCUACCAAGAAAUUUUCGUUGGCUGUUAAACGAGUGUGCACACGUCGUGGAAAUGUCUGUGGAUGAUCUUUACGAAGAAGUAUGUUUAAUAGAAUUUUAUCACGCGUAUGUUUUAAAAUCUAGUUCCGAACAAAAUCGCACCGAUUCAAUAUCGAAGAAUAAAAUAAAUAUUGUUUUAAAUAAAUGGUAAUACGAUAUUGAAACGAAGAAAUUUGACGAUGGAUUGCAAUAUAAUAGAACUCAUCCGACCAUGUUGGUACAACUGUAUAUCGUAACAAUAUAUCGAGAUUUCGAUCUAAUGGUUAAAAUCUUCAUAAAUUGUUCCUACCGGAAGUAUUUUUCUGCUAAAUUUGUUUGAUAAUAUUAGGUAAAAGAUCCAAUUACUGUCACCUAAA